AUGUGGGCUAGUACUUUAAUAUGGGCUAGUAAGAGUUCUAGAAAACAAAUAAUUGAAAGGCGCUGUAAACGAGUAUCUUCUAUGGCAUUCAUUCGCCCUAACACCGCAUUCACACUAUCUCAUGAUUACGGCGCGAGUGCUGCUAGUGUAAGACGUUUUUGCUUCACCGCUGUCAAAAAAAGUCGUAAGAAUGCCACCGUUACAACCAAAACAACCAAGACAAAUUGGGAUGAAGAAUAA